AGGGACUCCGAAGAUCAGCCCCAAUGAACAUGUCAGUGUUGACUUUACAAGAAUAUGAAUUCGAAAAGCAGUUCAACGAGAAUGAAGCGAUCCAAUGGAUGCAGGAAAACUGGAAGAAAUCUUUCCUGUUUUCUGCUCUGUAUGCUGCCUUUAUCUUUGGUGGUCGGCACCUAAUGAACAAACGGGCGAAGUUUGAACUGAGGAAGCCAUUAGUGCUCUGGUCUCUGACUCUUGCAGUCUUCAGUAUAUUCGGUGCUCUUCGAACUGGUGCUUACAUGGUGUACAUUUUGAUGACCAAAGGCCUGAAGCAGUCAGUUUGUGACCAGAGCUUUUACAAUGGACCCGUCAGCAAAUUCUGGGCUUAUGCAUUUGUGCUAAGCAAAGCACCCGAACUAGGAGACACAAUAUUCAUCAUUCUGAGGAAGCAGAAGCUGAUCUUCCUGCAUUGGUACCACCACAUCACUGUGCUCCUGUACUCUUGGUACUCCUACAAAGACAUGAUUGCUGGGGGUGGUUGGUUCAUGACUAUGAACUAUGGCGUGCACGCCGUGAUGUACUCUUACUAUGCCUUGCGGGCCGCGGGUUUCCGAGUCUCCCGGAAGUUUGCCAUGUUCAUCACCUUGUCCCAGAUCACUCAGAUGCUGAUGGGCUGUGUCAUUAACUACCUGGUCUUCUACUGGAUGCAGCAAGACCAGUGUCACUCUCACUUUCAGAACAUCUUCUGGUCCUCACUCAUGUACCUCAGCUACCUUGUGCUCUUCUGCCAUUUCUUCUUUGAGGCCUACAUUGGCAAAAUGAAGAAAACAACGAAGGCUGAAUAGUGUUGGAACUGAGGAGAAAGCCAUAGCUCAGGGUCAUCAAGAAAAAUAAUAAGACAAAAGAAAAUGGCACAAGGAAUCACAUAUGGUGCAGCUAAAACAAAACAGACGAGCAGACACAAAACCCGAGGCAGCUUAGGGAUAAUUAGGUUGACUUAACCCAGUAAGUUUAUGAUCCUUUUUGGGUGAGGACUCACUGAGUGCACCUCCAUCUCAAAGCACUGCUGCUGGAAGACCACAAUCCCUCUUAUCUGUCUACUCUAGGACAAAUGAGAACAACAGUGAGCCAGAGGCAGAGAGAGACUAACAGAAAGCAAGCAAAGGCUAUUAACACUAUAUGAAAAACAAAAAAGUAUUUACUAAGUGUUAUCUUUCUCUAAGGAUGAGAGAAUUUUACUUUAAAAACUGUGCGAGCACACACACAAUCCUUUCUGAUCUUUUUUUUUUUUUUUUUUUUUGACAUGAAACUGGAGCCAGUAGAAAAGAUGAAAAUGGAAGAGACACAGGGUUUAUAUCUAGGACAAUGAUGCUUUUGCAGAAACUCAAGCCUUUUUAAGAAAGGUUAGCUUGUUGUAGCCCCCAUGAAAAAAAAAAGAUGUCUUAAUCAUUUUUUAGUUCAACUCAAGACAUAGAUAGAUAUUUUUCCCUUCACUGCCCAGCCGCAGGCUAGUGAGUUUGCCAAAAACAAAACAGGGCACAGUACUUUUCCAAGGUUCUUUCUGGGAGAAUGGAAGUAAUGCAACCCGGGUCCCAAAGGGGCAGCUCUCUGUACCAGAAUAUUUCUAAUAGUUAUCAUUUCUACUCUUAGAUGAGAUAUGAAACAUUUGUUUAGUUGUCCCAGACAUUUGAAUAGAACAGUAAAUGCAGACUCAAAAAAAAAAAAAAACAAAUAAAAUAAUAAUAAUAAUAAUAAUAAAAACUCAACCAGAUGGCUUGAAAGUGCAUCCUGCACUGUACAUGGAAGGGCUGAGCCCAGGAUCAGUGGAGCUUGGGAAGGUGAAAAGGCAUGAGCUAAAGAGCCCUCAGUAGCCAGACAGUAGGAUGCUCCUCUCUGUUGGCCUUCACACAUAGUCCUCACUUUCCAAAUGAAUCCCUGGUGGAUGGUUCAYGUUUUCUACAUUUUUGUGAAUUUACAAGGAAAUCUGCAGAGUCUCUGCCUGAUUUGGGGUGAGUACUGUUUCCACCUGGUCCACAUUAGCUCCCCAAGCCAUGCAGAGGUGUUCUAAGUGCCCUCUGCUGGCCAAGUGGAGAUAAUUAACAAACACACCAUGACAAGUUUGGCUGGAMAUAGUUGAUAGCAAAAGGCCCCCAUAGAAGAAUCCUUUCCAUUUCAAAUGAUAUUAAACAACUCAUUGUAGGUUUGGCCAAAUCAGAAGACAUCCUUCCUGCUUCAAGUCAGCUUCAGAAAUUUUUUAAAAGGGACUUUUGCUCUGGAACUCAGAAAAUCAAUUUAUUAAGAGCCAUAUUCUUUUUUUUAAGAAAAGAGCUAGAUAAUAUUAUCUGUAAUAUUUCAGUCCUCUACAAGCCAAAUAAAUGUGUCAACGUUCCUAGGAUUUCAAAGAAGCAAUUAUGUAUGUAAAGUUGUUCAAUGUGAUAUAAUAGUAUUUUAAUUGGUUCAGUAGCUUAAUGAUUAGGCAAACUAGAUGAAAAGGUUAGGGGCUACUACACUGCAUAGAUUAUUAUACACACAUAACCACACAUAUAUGCACAUAAAUGUGGGGUACACUGAACUUCAAAGCCGA